CGUGGGAAAUUUAACAACAAUUUUCUAACGACAGCCUCAUCACCAGCAACUCGACGAAACCGACGCAUCGCCGUUUUAUCCUGGCGUUGCUAUCCCCGGGAUCAUCUACUGCGAUCACAUAGCGAUUUCUAUUCUACCUACGGUUUAUUGCGAAUCUUUAUUCCGACCAGCAGUACCCAUUUAUGCCCUCGAUGGCCCGUGCCAAUUAGUGAUUCCGUUCUUGUUCAUUACGCUCCUUUUCGCGCUGUCCUCAGCAUAACCUCUCUCUACGUCCUGUUUUGAGAGAUAAUAUCAAUUCAUCAUGGCGCGCCCUAUGGGGCCAGUCCGCCUGCGGAGGACAAACUAUCUUACCUUGUCCAUCGGCGCGAUACUCUGUAUCUUUAUAAUAUAUUUCCUCUCACAUAACGGAUCGACUUCGCAACCCUCGAAUGUCACCCGAUCCGCUACCCGUAAGCCCAGCGCGAAGUCGAGCCUCAUUGUCGAACGGCCUCCUGUCCGGCGCUUUAACCUAAACAAUGUUACAAUUACCGCGGAUCCCAUCGGAAAUCGAGAGGCCGUCCUUAUCCUAACACCGAUGGCACGCUUCUAUCAGGAAUACUGGGACAAUUUAUUGAAGUUACAAUACCCGCGGGAACUGAUUACUCUCGGUUUCAUUCUACCUAAAAAUAAGGAGGGCAAUGCGGCUACUACUUCACUGCAGGCCCAGAUCACGAAGACACAGAAGGGCCCGGCUAAAGACCGAUUCAGGAGCAUAAUUAUCGAACGACAGGAUUUUGACCCUCCGCUGACAUCUCAGGACGAAAGCGAGCGGCAUAAGAUGGAGAACCAGAAGGCGAGACGAGCCUCGAUGUCGAGAGCGCGGAAUUCGCUACUUUUUACUACGCUGGGAGCUGAUACCUCGUGGGUAUUAUGGUUGGACUCGGAUAUCAUUGAGACACCGCCUACUUUGAUACAAGAUCUGGCGUCACACGACAAGCCCAUCAUAGUACCAAAUUGCUACCAGAGGUAUAUCGACACUGAAACAGGAAAGCCGAAAGAACGCCCGUACGAUUUCAACAGCUGGCAGGAUAGUCCGACCGCGCAGGAAAUUGCUUCUAAGAUGAGCCGAGACGAAAUCAUCCUCGAAGGAUAUUCUGAAAUGGCAACCUACAGAGCUUUGAUGGCCUACAUGGCGGAGAAGGAGGAUGAAAAGCACCUGGAAGUACCCUUGGACGGUGUAGGUGGUACUGCAUUAUUAGUGAGGGCGGAUGUUCACCGUGACGGUGCUAUGUUCCCGCCCUUCCCGUUCUACCAUCUAAUCGAAACCGAAGGGUUUGCGAAGAUGGCGAGGAGGUUAGGCUGGCAUGCUACUGGGUUACCAAACUAUAAAGUUUAUCAUUACAACGAAUAGAGGACGGAACUAACAUACAGCUCGAAACGCUUUUUUGUCAUAACGAAACCUUUGUAAUCUGCCACGAGUCUCGGAUCACUGCAUUUUGGAGAUGAGGAGUUUUAAACGUGCCGAAUUGUUUGUGACGAAAAGAGCAUGAGUUACCGAAACCACACCCCUAACCAAGCCUUGUUGUAGCUGUGGUCGAGAGAUGGGGGGCGGUUUUUUCCCCUUGUAGAUAUAUUUAUUUCAGGUAGCAGUAGCAGCAACAGCAUCAUCAUCAUCAUCAUUACAGGACGGGGAAAUUAUUGCACUUUUUAAACAAUAUUGUUACACUAGGCGAAAGCCCAAGGGGAUUGCACCAAAUGCGAAGGGACCGGACUGUCGUUACAGGCGCUUCGGGAAUUCGGAGAAAUCAUAACAAUAGAA